AUGGAAUUGCCAGACGUAGGCCGUCAGUGUGCUGAACCUUAUUGUAAACAGCUAGAUUAUUUGCCUUUCAAGUGUUCUUAUUGUAAGAAGGACUAUUGCCAAGAUCAUCGUAAAGCAAAAGCUCAUAACUGCCAGUUAGCGCCAAGUGAGGAAGGUGUUCGUGUACCGACUUGCCCGUUGUGUGGUCUUCCGGUACCAGUGAGCAAGGGCGAAGAUCCAAACAUUAGGGUAUUUAUACGUUUUUCCUCGCAUAUAAAAUGUCAUUGUUGUUUUGGCAAUCUAUUCAUAUUCAUCGAUGACUUUAUGUUGAACGGCGUGCCGUCAAGUAGAUGGACCGGCAUAUAUCAAAUUUCUGCAAACCAGCACCAAAAAGCACUUCGACAAAGCCAUUCAAUUCGUGCUCGUAUGCUAGAUGCAAAAACAGAGUUGCAGUGCGUCUCGUUUGCACUGGAUGCAGAAAGUCAUAUUGUAUUAAACAUCGCUUGCAAGUCGAUCAUGAUUGUGCAAGUGCUAGUAACAAUAGUGGGAAGGUAG